AUGACUUCAGAACACACUGUUCCACGUCGCACUCGUCCGGCUAAUGCAAACAAGCAUCCCAGUGAGAUCGUUCUUCAAGCAAAAAGUCGUCGGUGUACCACAGAGGAGAUAGCUGCUGCCAAUGAAGCAAAAUCCACAAAAUCUGUGGCCAACCAGGCUGGUAUCAAACAUUUGGCUGGAAUAGAGCUCAAGAUGGAGAAGAAGCAGGUUGACGCACUGACCAGGAAGGCCCAGCCGCGUUGGAGAAUAACAAAGAUGAUGGUCCUGGACAGUGAGAAUGCACUGGCAAACCCUAACUUCACAUUCAGUGGAAAGAUCCAGAACUGGAUCUCUGGUGUUGACAAACCUUUCAAGCCUCAUACACUAUCCACUCAGAAGUCUUCCGCCUCAGUUCCCCCUUCCACUACCUUCACCCAUCUCACAGAGACUUCUAAAGUCACUGUUGAGAGCACUAUCUCAGCCAAAACCACUGAGAAAUCUGGAGAUGUGCUCAUCGGAGGCUUCGAUGAUGAAGAGGAGGAUGAUUCAUUGGAAUGCCAGCUUGCUCAAUUGACGGUCAAGAAAGGCCAGGAGCUAGCUAUGACUAGUGUUGCACUCACACACGAUGACUCAGAUGCCGGCAUAUACGAUGAUGAGCCCAAGGCUCCAUUCACUCAGCAUAGUGAGGCGUGGUCAGUGCCUAAAAGGAAGGCAGCAGACAUCCUGGAGGUUUCAUCUGCCAGUGAAAUCGAAGACUUUGACACUGUUGCAAGUGACCAUGAUCUACUAUCUGAUUCUGACGACUAUUCUAUGGAGGUUGAUUCAACCCACUCAGACCUCAAGCCAGAGACAUCUCAACCUGUGGCCAACUUGAAGCAAGAUCCUGCACUGCUCAUGAAGACCCUAUCAAAGUUGCAAAAGGCUUGCUGCGCUACAAAUUCGACAUCUGUCACAACUGUAGACAUGGACACUCCGGCACCCAAGAGGGUGAAGACCACAGCACCAAUCAAUGCUACUCCUGCACAGGCUCAACAGCCUGUAGUCCAAUGCAACAUGCCUGCAAAAUCAGUAAAGCCCUGGGUGCAAUAUCGAAACACCAAUUUACCUGCGCCAGUUCAGGGUGACCAGCGCUGGACUAAGAAAUUUCUUCCAACCGUACUGUUGUGGAUGGGGAGUCUUGAAGAUGACCUCGUUUGGACCAUCGCAGAUGCAAAUCUACUCAAGCAUAUUCAAGUCGUGUUUGAUGCUGUGUAUCUGGAGCUCAGCAUUCAGUUGGUCCAGAAUGGUGUCGUUUUCUCCCUUACCGUUCAAUGGCUUUCUGAAUGGCGCAGCAACUUUGGCUCAACAGCCAUCACAAUUAUCAUUGAUUUCCUGACGAGCGACAAGGAAUGUGACCCACAGGUCCUUGUGGGCCUCCUCUUGAACAAUUUCACCUUCCUUUUCAGCGACAUGGACACAUGCGAUCCCCUUGGAGUGUACCAUUCCGCCUUUAUGCUUCAGCUCUUCGGAAAGGCACACCUCGCUAAUAUUAGCGGCCACGCCAAUGUUCCUGCACUCAAGACUCAUGUUCUAACAUCAAGUGGAAUGCUUGAGCGCACUGUGGAAAUGAUUUCCACCGGUGAUAUCAAGGCCGAGAAUAUUUUAGCUUCAGCAUUGUCUAGCAAAACAAACAUCAAGUUGCUGAAAGUUCUCAACAAGGUCACGGGCAAGGAGACCAACGCCCCCUUCUUGUUCUCACGCGACAGGUGCGCAAAGAAGACAAAACAGUAUGCCAUGUCCAUCAAGAAGAAGGGACCAGCCUUUAUUGCAUCAUUGACGGACAUAGCGCGGUCUGGCUUGAAGGAAUGUGCAGCCUGGGAUUCGGCUGUCACAGAGGACGAGUCCGAAGACGAGCGCGCUUUGCUGUGUAUUUAUAAAUCUCCAACAGCACUAUGGACACAGGCUGCUGCUGCUACUGGUAGCGUUUACUAUACUUGGUCCCCACUGUUCUAA